GGAAACACUCCGUACAUCUACCAUUUCCCCACUUCACGCACAGCCUUGUCCAAAGGCCCAGCGAGUAUCUGCAAGUAUGGCGGCCAUGGCUUCGAAGUCUGAGUCGCAUAAGAUAUUCGAGAAGUUGAAGACGAAGCCCGCGAACAGGAUAUGCUUUGAUUGCGGGCAGAAGAAUCCUACGUGGACCUCUGUACCUUUUGGAAUCUAUCUCUGCCUCGAUUGCUCUUCGAAUCACCGUAAUCUAGGUGUUCAUAUCUCCUUUGUGCGAUCCACGAACCUCGACCAAUGGCAAUGGGAUCAAUUACGGAUAAUGAAGGUCGGUGGCAAUGAGUCUGCCACAAAGUUCUUCCAGUCAAAUGGCGGAACCGCGGCCCUGAAUAGCAAGGACCCUACAACCAAAUAUACUUCGAAUGCGGCUACCAAAUACAAGGAUGAGUUGAAAAGACGGGCAGCUAGAGAUGCUACCGAGUAUCCCAACGAAGUGGUCAUUACGGAUGUAAUGGGCAAUGGGACAAGUGACGGAUCCUCUACACCUGCUGGCGAUCCAGAUGAUGAUUUCUUCUCUUCUUGGGAUAAGCCUUCAAUCAAGCGACCAACGCCUCCCAUUUCUCGAACUGCCACACCUCCUGUUGUCGGUCGAACACCCUCCCCUUUCCUCAACGCCGGCAGCUCUAACGGAAACGGCACCUCACGAACUUCUUCGCCACUCGUAGGCGCUGAUGGAGCCUCCAGCGCCCCUCCAGCUGCCAGUCGCAUCACAUCGUCCGCAGCUUUACGUAAGGGGUCUGCGACUACAACUGGACCACGGAAAACCAGUGUUUUGGGAGCAAAGAAGACAAAGCUCGGUGCAAAGAAGGUUACAGGAGACGUUAUUGAUUUCGAUGCGGCGGAACGCAAAGCCAAGGAAGAGGCCGAGCGGAUUGCGAAACUUGGCUAUGAUCCCGAGGCUGAAGAAGCUGCUGCGAAGAAAGCCACUCCCGUCACGAAGACUGCCGAUCUUCCCAAGAUUGCCUCGCCUAGCCCUGUAAGCCCCGCCAGGGCUGGUUAUGGCUCUGCACAAAGGGAGCGUACCAAUAGCGAGAUUGAAAGAUUGGGUAUGGGUAUUGGGAGACUUGGGUUUGGCCAGAUUGGAGGAGCCAAACCUGCUGCAGGCCAAAAGAAGAUGGGUGGAUUUGGAUCUGUUGGGCCGAUCAAAGCCACACAAGAAGAUGAUGAGGAGAGAUACGCCCGCGAAAAGUUUGGCUCACAAAAAGGGAUCUCAUCCGACGAAUUCUUCGGCAAGGGAGCAUUUGAUCCCGCCGCACAGUCAGAAGCAAAACAGCGACUGCAAGGAUUCGAGGGUGCAACGGCUAUCUCAUCCAAUGCAUACUUCGGCCGACCUGAGGAAGAGGACGUUGGAGAAGAUUAUGGCGAUCUUGAGUCUGCCGCAAAGGACUUUGUCCGGAAAUUCGGCGUUACUGCUGGUGACGAUUUGGAAAACUUGACUCAGGUGCUCGGAGAAGGUGCAUCGAGGCUCCAGGGCGCGAUCCGAAGUUACCUAAACAGCUGAAGAGCCAACAUUUCACAGUG